AGAGACAGAUGUUUAUACAGUUAGCUUUGUGUAGUUGAGAGUUGCAUAAUGCAUUCAAUAAGACAGUGUGAUUUUGUUAAUAGUAUAGCUGUUGUGUACAUGUUAAUGUCAUUUUCUUUGAUGAUUAUAGCCACCUUGAACCAUGUGAGGUUCUUAAAUUUCACUGUCGGUGUAGUUUGGAGAUAAUAUCUAACAUUGUUUAUAUAUUGGCAUCUCAAAUUAGUAGUAUACUCACUGAUCAAACAAAAGAAGCUUAAUAGCUUCUAUUGAGUUCCAAAUUAGUAUGCAGAUUUUCACUAUGAACCAAAGAGCACUUGUGUGCCUUUGGUUGUCUGUUUGUUUUUUGGUCCUAGGAUUUUGCUAUGGAGACCAUAGUACAGUUGAGGUAGUUGGGCUUGGAGAAUGUGCAGACUGUGAGAAGAACAAUAUUAAAACUAGUCAGGCUUUCUCAGGACUACAUGUAACAAUAGAUUGCAAGGAAGCAAAUGGACAUUUUAAAACAAGAGGUUUUGGUGAGCUUGAUAAAAAUGGAAACUUCAAAGUAUCACUACCUCAAGACAUAGUAAAAGAAGGUGAAUUAAAAGAAGAAUGUUAUGCUCAACUACAUAGUGCAACAGCUACACCUUGUCCUGCUCAUGAUGGCCUACAAAACUCAAAAAUUGUCAUCAACUCAAAAUCUGAUGGCAAACACACCCUUAGUACUGCUGCUGCUGGUAAACUCAAAUUUUCAUCAGCAACAUGUGCCUCAGAAUUUUUUUGGCAUUUCUAUAAACAUAAGCACCCUCUUUUUCCUCAUGUUCCUAUCUACAAGAAACCCUUUCCUCAUAUUCCUAUCUACAAACCUCCUUUUCCUCAUAUUCCUAUCUUCAAAAAACCUUUCCCUCCACAUGAGCCUAUCUAUGAAAAACCUCUUCCUCCGCCUACACCGGUCUAUGAAAAACCAGUUCCUCCGCCUACACCUGUCUAUGAAAAACCUCUUCCUCCGCCUACACCGGUCUAUGAGAAACCUCUUCCCCCGCCUACACCUGUCUAUGAGCCUCCACCAACUCCUGUAUAUCAUAAACCUCUUCCCCCGCCUACGCCUGUCUAUGAGAAACCUCUUCCUCCACCUACACCUGUAUAUCAUAAACCACAUCCACCACCGGUUCCGGUCAAAGGUUGUCCACCAAAGGUUGAACACCCAAUUCUACCACCUGCUCCAGUAUACAAACCUCCUCCAGUUCCAAAGCCACAACCACCACCGGUUCCGGUCAAGAAACCAUGUCCACCAAAGGUUGAACAUCCAAUUCUGCCACCUGUUCCAAUCUAUAAACCGCCAGUGGUAGUUCCAAAGCCACCUGUGGUUCCAAUUUACAAGCCACCAGUUCCGGUUUACAAACCACCAGUUCCAGUUUACAAGCCACCAGUUCCGAUUUACAAGCCACCAGUUGUUAUUAAGCCUCUUCCACCAUUCCCAAAGUAUCCUCCAUACAAGAAACCACCAUGUCCACCUCUCCCUACUCUCCCACCAAAGCAUGAUUUUUUCCAUCACCCCAAGUAUGGAAAAUUACCUCCAUUGCCUCCAAAGAGCUUUUUCCACCACCCCAAAUACGGAAAAUGGCCUCCAAUAAAAGGCUUCUUCCAUCAUCCAAAAUAUGGAAAAUUGCCUCCAAAAAGCAUCUUCCAUCACCCAAAGUUUGGAAAAUUACCCCCAAUAAAAAGCUUCUUCCAUCACCCCAAGUUUGGUAAAUGGCCUCCAUUAAGUCCUCAUCAUUAGGAGCCAUGUUUGAGUUUGCAAACUAUUCAUGUUUUUUAGCUUCUUUGUUUCUUUAAUUAUCAUCAUCAAUCAAUUUGCAAAUAAAUUAAGCCUUCAAGGGAUAGAGCAUGUGAACACUAAACAGAAGAGCAUCAAGGGAUCAUAGAGAAAACAGAAAUAGCAUCAUGUUGUUUGAAGAAGUUUGAUGAAGCUGAGUGUAAUAAUUUAUUGUUCUUGAGUGAAGAUCACAAGAUUUUUUUUAACAUUUUUCUUUCUUUCAUGUGUAUAUAAAUGUGUUAUUUGUGAUGGUUUUUCCCACUUUAUGUGUCUGUGUUAUUAAUUCGUACUUGAUCUGCAACUAAUAAAUCCAUUUGUAUUGUUAAUCAUUGCCA